GCGGACAUUUGUAGGAGUGAAAUAUUAAAAUUGUUUCCUAUUUUGCAUGAAGAUGAUCGCAGAUUUUAGCAACGCUCUUUGGGACACGCGAAUCGAGAGCGAUACAAUCAGCAGCGAUGGAUACGAAGUCAGCAACCUUAUUUCUCGCGACAACGUUAAAAAACGGCGCGGAUUUUUGGCCGAACGAUUUGUGAAACCCGUUGUAUCUAUUUUGAUCAGUUUUCCGUUUCCAAUCGACGUGAUCGCCAUAAAUGUGAACCCCCAAGUUGGUGCACAGAAGAUUUGCGGUCUAGAAAUCCUAUCAGCAAGCCUAAAAUGUUGUGGUAGACAAAGUGAGGGAAAGAUCUGUUCAAAUCCAAAUGUAAAUGGACAAAAUGGUCCUAACAAACCAAAUGAUCAGGCUUUUCAUUCAUAUCAGCAUGUUUUAAAUGCAAACAAUAUCAAAGAAGAAUUGAAAACUCUCUUUAAUCAGAUUUUGAGAGUUCGGAUGGUUGAAGGAAAAGUUGGUAAUUUUGUGAAUCCUUGUUCUAAAGAGGCAAAAGGCAAUGAGUUUAGCAGUAGAAUUCUUGGUCUCUCACCAUCUGGUAUCCAAAGCUGCAAUUUACAGCAAGGCAAUCGACUUCACAACACCUCGCAUUUGUGGAUUCGUAUCACCCAAGUUCACAAAGGUUCUGUUCCAUGUCUUGGUGCUUUGGAGGUUGUUGGAAAACCGGCAAGAAAUAAUAGUAAAUUUGUGGCAGAUUAUGCAAGAUGUGUAACUUUGAGGUUGAAACAAGAGAGGGAAGGCACUGUAUUUAAGGAAUGCACUGCUACCUCUAGCAAAACAAACGAUUCGGAACCUGUGUGUCAAAAUGAUCCAUGUACGGAUAUGUCGUCAGUUGAUAAUGUGCCAGCAGAAUUCAUUGAUCCAAUCACAUUUAACAUUAUGACACUACCUAUUCUCUUGCCCUCCGGAAAUACCAUUGAUAACUCCACUUUGGAGAAGCACAUUGCAACUGAAAGAAAUUGGGGACGGCAGCCAAGUGAUCCCUUCACAGGCAUACCUCUAGGCUCCAAGGUUGUCCCAAAUGCAGCUUUGAAAUAUAGGAUCGACAGAUUUCUGUUGUCAGCUAAUAUUAAGUUGGACGAAUUUGGUCGUACUGUGGGCUCUUCAUCAGAUUGCAAAAGUACAGCAAAACUAAAGUUUGAUGCUAUCUUGAGGCAACACAAGCAUAAAAUCAGCUCUGGUAAAAGAAAGGCAUGUGAGAUGAAUGUUGAACAACCAUCUUUGAAAAGGCAAAACCCAGGGAAAGAGAAGCAUAUUUCAGUUGAACCAAGCAGUUUGGAUCUUGCACUAGAAAAUGUGUUAAAUUCUGGACAAAAGUCAACGGAUACCCCAAGUGUUAACACAUCAUCCAUAGUUGAAUCUUCCUUCAAUCAAACAACAACUGGGUCAAGUCACGGGGGAUGUCCCCAUGAGGGGAAAACAGAUGUUUUGUUUCAACUACCUUGUCAACAUGUAAUGUGUCGUCAAUGUCUGACAUGUGCAAUACAAACAAAACAAUGCAUUUGUUGCCAAGCAGAUUUUGAGAGGAAAGAUGUUGUUCGGGUUCAUUCCAAAAGAACAUCACUUAGAGUUUAAGCUUGAAUGGGGAAUAUAGAUUAUUGUUGAAGGGAAUUACAACGAUGCUUUGAAAGAUGCUUUGAAACAACCACAACCUUGUUUCCUAGUUACAUUGUGUGAUUUCCUCUGCAAACAAAUCAGUAAAAUUUUGUGAUGAUGCCGCAUUUGAAAUAUUAAUGACUCCAAGAAACUAUUGAGUCAAGAGAUCAUUUUGAAAGUUAGUGACCCUGGCCCUUUAUAGUCUUGGGAAGUUCCUUCCUAGUGGGAUCAAAG